UAAUUUUCUUAUGUGAUUUUUGAAAUGAAACACGAAACCCAUAUUUGUUUUAGUGUUGUUGAAAAUGGGAAGUGUUCAAGUUUGAGAAUUCAUUGCUAAUAUGAUUGGAUUUUGUUGUAUUGUAUUGUGCUGCACAUGUCUGUAUUGCAUUUUUCUUGCAGUGUAGAAGGGAGAUUGAAAGGUGGAAUGGAAUGAUGGAGUGAUUUGGUGAAUUGGGUAGUUGAUGUUUUUUAUUCAUAUUGGGUUAAAUGUUGUGUAAAUGCUUGUUGUGUAACAUAGGGAGUGAAGAGGAGAAAAAUGGAGAUGGAACCUUUUAAUGCAUUCAUUUUCUAGGUUGGAACAUCUUGAAAUUAGUGUUUUUUGUUAGGUGAUGUGGAAAAAUGGGAAUCAUUUUGUUUGCAUGUGGAGUAAAUAAUUCUUGUACUUGAGAUGGCUGUGAUGCUGAGGAAAGGAGAAAGAGAAAAUGGCUGAAAUCUCUGAACUUGGAAAUAGGCAUCCAGUGUUGAGCACUGUGGAAGGCCCUUAAGCUGAUCUUUCAUAGGUUAAUGAGAAAAUAUGAUGUCUGAAGAGGCUGGCCAAAUGUUGGUUGUUUAUGAUGAUCCAUCUGACCAGCGAUCUUUGUCGUUGGAUGAUACAAGCAGCGCAGAGGAAUCGCCUGAUGAAACCAGACUAUCACUAGAAACACCUAAUGAUGCAAUUCCAUAUAUUGGACAAAGAUUUGCUACUCAUGAUGAAGGUUAUGAAUUUUACAGUGAAUUUGCAAAAAGAUGUGGAUUCUCAAUCCGUCGUCACCGCACAGAAGGCAAAGAUGGGGUUGGAAAAGGGCUAACAAGACGUUAUUUUGUCUGCCACCGUGCUGGAAACACCCCUGUCAAAACCUCAAACGAAAAUAAACCUCAAAGGAAUAGAAAAUCGUCUCGAUGUGGGUGUCAAGCAUACAUGAGGAUUAGCAAGGUCACAGAGUUAGGAGCACCAGAAUGGCGUGUCACAGGAUUUGAUAAUCACCAUAAUCAUGAACUUCUAGAACCGAAUCAAGUUCGGUUCCUUCCUGCAUAUCGGACCAUAUCAGAUACGGACAAGAGCAGAAUCCUCAUGUUUGCCAAAACAGGAAUUUCAGUGCAGCAAAUGAUGAGACUCAUGGAGCUUGAAAAAUGUGUAGAGCCAGGAUAUUUGCCCUUCACUGAAAAGGAUGUGAGGAACUUGCUUCAGUCAUUUAGAAAACUGGAUCCAGAGGAUGAGAGCGUAGACUUAUUAAGAAUGUGCAGAAAUAUAAAGGAGAAGGACCCCAACUUUAAAUUUGAAUACACACUCGAUUCUGACAACAGGUUAGAGAACAUUGCUUGGUCAUAUGCGUCAUCAGUCCAAUCAUAUGAGAUCUUUGGUGAUGCAGUGGUAUUUGAUACAACACAUCGCUUAACUGCAUUUGACUUGCCUCUCGGCAUAUGGGUUGGAAUGAACAACUAUGGUAUGCCUUGCUUCUUCGGAUGUGUGAUUUCACGAGAGGAAAAUUUGAGGUCGCUGUCAUGGGCAUUAAAGGCAUUCUUAGGAUUCAUGAAUGGAAAGGCCCCACAAACAAUAUUAACUGACCAGAAUAUGUGCCUGAAAGACGCAAUAGCUAAGGAGAUGCCUUCAACGAAACAUGCACUUUGCAUAUGGAUGAUUGUGGCGAAGUUUCCAUCCUGGUUUAAUGCUGUUUUGGGGGAACGUUAUAAUGAGUGGAAAGCAGAGUUCUAUCGACUCUAUAAUUUGGAGUCAAUUGAGGACUUUGAACAGGGUUGGAGGGACAUGGUCAAUAUUUUUGGGCUGCAUACAAACAGGCACGUUGCCAACUUGCAUGCCUUACGCAAUCUUUGGGCUCUUCCAUACUUGAGAAGCCAUUUCUUCGCGGGAAUGACUGCAGCUGGUCAUUCAAAAUCAAUUAACUCUUUCAUCCAAAGGUUUCUGAGUGCUCAAACUCGGCUUGCACACUUUGUGGAACAGGUUGCUGUAGCUGUAGAUUUUAAAGAUCAAGCGGCUGAACAGCAAACAAUGCAGCAGAAUCUGCAAAACAUAAGUUUAAAAACUGGGGCACCUAUGGAAUCCCAUGCAGCCACAGUCCUUACUCCUUAUGCCUUCUCGAAGCUCCAAGAACAACUUGUUUUGGCUGCCCACUACGCAUCAUUCCAGAUGGAGGAUGGUUUUCAUGUGAGACACCACACCAAACGUGAGGGAGGCCGGAUAGUAUAUUGGGUUCCUAGGGAAGGAAUUAUUAGUUGCAGCUGCAAUCAGUUUGAGUUCUCUGGAAUUCUUUGUCGACAUGCCCUUCGAGUUCUUUCCACAGGAAACUGUUUUCAGAUCCCAGAAAGGUACCUUCCUUUGCGUUGGCGUCGGAUUAACACAUCUAGUGCAAAGCUUCUUCACAGUUCCAAUGAUCAUGGUGAAAGAAUUCAGCUAUUGCAGAACAUGGUAUCAAGUCUCAUAACUGAAUCUGCCAAGUCGAAAGAGAGACUGGAUAUUGCAACCGAGCAAGUUUCUAUUCUUUUAUCUCGCAUCAGAGAUCAACCAGUUCCAUCACAAGGUAUACGAGAUUUUACCUCCAUUCACAGAAAACUUUAGCCCUACCUCGUAUACUCAGCAGUGACUGAAUUCUUGUGGAUAGCCGAGGGAAGCACACCUUUUUAUCAAAGAAAGCGAGUUUGCUGAAUCUGUAAAUGCAUGCUCUUGCUUGUGGUUUGAAAUUCUGCGUGAAAAUCCUUCUGCUCUCGAUUCAUGCAGAUAAGGACUGCACAUGGUUUGUAUUUCCCUGACAGCCUUCUGCUCGGCUUUUAUUGUGGGGCAGAAGUUUCUUGAGGGUUCUGUAAUGUUCAAAUAUAUAUAGAAAAAAAUAGAUAUUGAUGUA